AUGAGAGGACUCUCUUCCGCAGUCAACCACUUGGGAGACUACGCCAACUCCAUAGACAGUCAGAAAAAGGCACCCCUUUACCUUGCUGUCGAAUACGGUCACAAAGAUUUCGUGCAACAACUCCUGAAGUUGCCACAGGUCGAAGUAAAUGCCAGGGGUUACCGGGACCUUACGCCGCUUCAAGUCGCUUGUAAGAAAGGCUACGACAGCAUCACCGAGAUUCUUCUCGAUGCAGGCGCUGAUAUAGAAAUCCUAAGUGAUGACGGCAAAACACCUUUACUCCAUGCUGUACAAGAGCAGAUGGAAAGCACUGUCAAGUUACUCACAACAAGAGGCGCCAAUGUCAACUUCAUCCAUCUUGGAACUACAGCGCUGCACACAGCCGCACAAAUGGGAUACUCUGCCAUCUUUGAGUAUCUAUUAGAGGGAGGGGCGGAUAUC